AUGGGCAAACAUCAUCAUUCUGGUUUUAAUGCUGAUAUGUUUGGCCAUGGAAACAAACGAUCCCGAAGAGCCAAGAAAUUACCUUCAUCUGCCACUAUGACUCGCGACGAAGCUUUGAAGAUCAAUCAAUCCCUUGGUUUACUUAAGAUUCCACAAGAUUUGAACUCACCCUAUCUCGAACAAGACAAUCAGGACGAGUUAAACUGGGAAGAUGUAGAUGAUGGAGUCGGUGUUGGUAUUGAAAUCAGGCCAGACUCUCCGGGAGAUUGUUAUGCUCGCCAUCAGAAGUCGCUUCGCCGUGUGGAAGCCCGAGCCAGGAUCCAGGAAAGGUCACACCAGCAAACACCUGGUCACAUUCUAUUGAAACCUCAACAAGUCAAAAAGGCUUCCACCAAGAACAUCAAUCGCAGUCUGAGACAUCCUUUCACUCAAUCAAUCGACAUCUAUCGCCGAAUUCUCUUGGGCGAGCAAGUUCUGUAUGAAGAUGGCCUUGAACUCACUCCACUCGAUAUCUCUGCCAAUCGAUGUUGUCGUUGUUUUGGUCCAGCAGAAGGGGAAGUGAAGCUGUCACCUGAAGAACCGGACUUUAUAAUUGCGAUGGAUGGAAACUUCCAACAUUGCCAUCAAUCCCACGCCAGUAAGGAUUGUCCUCAAGAAGAUCAAUAUCCGCACACCUUCAUUCGACCUAGCAAGCUUGAAAAAGAGGUUGUUGCUUGCCAACGAACAGAUGCCCAAGCCCAUAACAUCAAGGCAUCAAUUCUCAAGCAGCUUCGAGAGUUGUACCCUGACAAAUUCAUAGGCAUACUCUACGACAUAGGUUGUCAUUUAGAUGAACAUAUAGCAAAAUGGCUUUGGAAACGAUUUCGAAAUGCGAUGAAAGUUCUGAGAGAAGCUGAAGCCGUUGUAACAUCACUGUCGCGAAGCGUAUUCAAGCAAGCAGGCUAUCCUUCUGAAGCAAAAGUUGGAACUUGGACGACUAUUAUGCUUAAAAGACGAGUUGGACCACGCUUGGCUAUAGCCCGACUUCAGACAACAACUGAACUUGAAGAGAAGAUUCGUAAGCAGGCGGCGAAAGUAGGCACUACAGACAUCUCGAACUUAGAUAAAGAACAAGAAGCCUUCUUGAAACUUUGGUACAGUCAUAAGGGCAAGACCAAUCUUAUGGUUGCGCUCCGAAGGCACACAGCCCAACUUAAGAAGCUGGUCGAAACGUACCGCACUCUUCGGGCGGAAUAUCAUGCUGAAUAUCCUGAACACCAGCUCCCUGAAGAUAUCACUUAUAACGAUCUACUUGAAAUACAAGCGGAUCACCCCUUCUGGAACGACUCCCUAUUCACGGAAAUUGAAGCUCCUUGGGCUGUUGAUCCCAACACAAGGCAUGGGAUGCAGCAAAUCGCAUACGUUGAUCGAGGAAACGAGGAGCUCAGGCGCCUUGGCUGGGAGGUUCGCCGAGCUAUGCGUUGGGCCACUACCAGCCACGACCACAUCUGGAGCCGACUGAUAUCUCUAUCAUCCGAACCGACUCCAGAACCCAACCUACUAACUCCACUCCUUACUCACCCGACUCUUAUAUAUUUACCACCUUCAGCUCGUCGCGAUGCAGCUGCCGUGAUCAUGAAGAAUCAGUAUAUUAAGAUUACAAACUUACAGCUCACGUGGCACGAAGGUCUACACGAAGUUUUCACUCAGUCACAAUAUCAAAUUGUAAUUCAAACAAGUGUUUAUCGAUCUUCUGUUAGAAGACAUGAUAGUGAGUAA